AUGGAAGUUAUAGGUGUUCGUCAAACUCGACAAAAUCCCCAACGAAGCCCACAGGUAGGAUCAGGGGAUACUGAUUCCGAAGAAGAACCUGAGGCGGUGGAGACACCGGUGGGCACAAGCACAAGAAGAAGGAAAACUUCACCGCCGUUGGAUUUCAGUGGGAGGUGGCCUGCUGGUAGUAACAGUUCACCUCAAGAAGGUGGAAACCUACCUCGCGAGCAGAUGAAUGCUGUAAAAACGAAGUUAAACAAAGAGAGGAGAGAUACGCAAAACAAGAAGGCGGAAGGUCGUAAUGCAGGGACGGGAAGUCCUUUCAACCCUGGUAUGAACAACAUGAAUAAGAAAGGAGCUGGUGUUGGCGUUUCGCCCUCAACAAGAAGUUCACGGCACACCACUCAAGAAGUCAAUCAAAGUCGACAGCAGCUCGGUGGAAAAUCACAUCCUAUCAGUUAUACAGGACAGCAACGACCACAAGUUGAUCUUCGUCCACGUCAGCAAGUUCCUCUUCACCUAUAUCCCCCUCCUGAUGCUUCAUCGACCCCUCGUGCUGGUCCAUCAAGAGAUGUGAAACAGACAUCAUCGCCAUUCAAAUCAAAGAAUGACCUUCGCACGCCGGAGCACUCUAAGGUGAUAGACUUACUAGAAGGUGCCGAAUCAGAUGAUGAAGUCCAAAAAACAACACCUCAUGAUCGAGGGAGUAUAUCACCCCAUAAACCUUCUUCUUCAGAUCAUCGACGAGGAUCCGGUACCGAUUAUACAAAUAGGUCAGCUCAAGCUUAUAACCUACGAUCACCUCAACAGCCAUCUACUGGAAAAGGAAAAGAGAAGAUGAGAGAUAAUGGAUAUCAUGGGAACAGCAGUCCUACGAAAGGUUCUGGUCCUGGUCUGCCAUUGCAACCGGAACCGAAAUUGGAUCCUAUCAGAAAUCCAGAUGGGAUAUACAAAGCAGAUAUGAAUAAACGGGAAGUACAUGUGGUUCCCGAUGACGAUGAAGAUCCACCGGAUGGAACAUUCAAAGGACAAGCCCCGAAGCACAAGUCGUCAAAUCGGUGGCAAAUGUCCGUGAUCAAUAAUACGAUAAGUCGAUCGGGCGAGAAAAUUGGAAGAAAGCCUAAGGUCAGCAGAAUGCAGGGCAAGGAUGGGAAAGUCUCAUUGAAGCAGGCGCAGAAAUCUACACCUGUCAAACCACCCCUGAAAGACCGAAUGACAAGACCGCUGGAUGUCAUACCGUCUGCCUUUAGUCAUCGGAAUCCACCCCGCCCAAAUACCGAGCAGGCCAGUGCAGAUGUGACAAUGGCAUGGCUCGUCCCAGAUCGGAGGCUCAAAGUCAAUGCUGUGCAACUCAAAAACGAGUCGGUGAUAGUCUCUGGUAUUGUAGGCCAAUCAGGAGAAUGGUGGGAUAUCAAUCUCAGUGAUGUCAGUCAGGCUGAUACAUGUAACGCUAAGGAUUGUCCGUUCAUGAUGUUGACGGUGUCAACAGUGAGGCCUGUGGCCGAGAGGAGCAUCGAGAAGCUGUUAGCUGCUGGAGGUAGUGCAAAUCAUCAAGCCAUUGACGGGUCCCCAAGUAUCUGUCUUUCUCUCAAACCCGGUGAAAGUUCGAAAACCCUUAUCGACGCUCUAGGGGUGGAUCUCGUGCAUUUGGAAAAGAAGCGAAAUAUUUUGGAUGUGAGAGCAUGCGAAACUUUACGACUGUCUUGUAAUAUCCAAUCGCGGGAUACUAGAUCUCGGGCGGACGAGGCGAGACGUCAGAAGCAGAAAGCUGAAUUGCAAACGGAGGUAGAGGGACCAGGCUUACGACCCAGAGGACCCAGGAAAUCAUCGGCAAAAGAUGAAGAGUCCUCACGUCCCCCUAAGAGUGGCAGUAAGGACAAGCUAGAAGACGAUCCAACUCAGAGGAAACUGGAAUUUCCACCGGCACCUAAGCCCCAGCCACGUCGCAGUAUACGAAACACGGCAAAGGCUGUACACGAUCUGGAGGACUCGGAUACUGAACAACCAGAAAAUAGCAUUGUAGCUAGACCCAGCAAACCGUCGCGGUUCAUUGGUGAUCGCAAUGAAUUGUUGUUCCCCUAUCCAACUACCGGUCGAGCGGAUGUAAAUAUCACUAUAGGAGAUGCUCAACGUAUAGAGACGGAUGAUUUCUUGAAUGAUACGUUGCUCGAGUUUGGAUUGAGGCAUGUAUUGUUUCAGCUGGAGGAGGAGCGAAGGGAUCAAGUGCAUCUAUUCAACUCAUUCUUCUACGAGAGGUUGUCCAACAAGGCUAAAAAGCCCCAGAAAGGCGAGACUUUAUGGCCAGGAUACGAAUCUGUCAAGAAAUGGAGCAAAGGGAAAGACAUCUUUGGCAAGGAUUUUGUGGUAAUUCCAAUCAACGAGAACUACCAUUGGUACUUAGCUGUGAUUAUCAAUCCCAGUGGUAUCCUCCGACCCAAACCUAUAGACGAUGACUUAGUAUCGGAAAUACCUCAACCAACAACUCGAGCUACUGCCAGCGAACACGAUGGGGAAGAUGCAGCCAAUGUCGAUGAUCAACUGAGAACGGCCGAUCCAUCAAGAGUGACUGACUCAGAUCUGAGUGACCUCAAUAGUGAUACGGAGGAGCACUCAUCCCGCCAUCCUACUCCAGGGCCAAACAAACCCCUAUCAGCCAGAUUCACUCGACCACCAACUAGUACGGAUAAGGAUGAAGAGGGGACCAAAGAUAUUUCGAUGGUGUCACAUGACCCAUUAGAUUGCAUCAGUGAUGGAGGUGGAGAAGGAGAAAGAUCUGAUCUCCGUGUGAGCCAGGUAUCAAAUGGUGUUGAGAAGAUGGAUAUCAGCUCGGAGCAUGGGCAAGAGGAAGACGUUGAUUUUGUCGGUGGAGGAGCUCCGAUCUUAACGCCCACCAUGAUGGCGGUACAAGAACAGAACAAUCAGAUUCGUAAUGCAUCGCAGGAACCUGCCGGUGAAACUGCCGGUGAAACUCAAACGAAGAAGACACAGGCUCGACCUUAUGCCCAGAUCAUAGGUAGUCAAGAUACCUGGAUACUCACCCUCGAUUCUCUCGGCGGACCUCAUAAGGCCGUUGGUACCCAACUGAAUCAGUGGCUCAAGUACGAAGCGAGGGAUAAGAAGGGUAUAGAAUACGAGCCGAUGGAUGCUCUAUACCAUGAAGCUAAGGUCCCUCAACAAGGCAACUUCUCCGAUUGUGGUCUGUUUGUGGUCCAUUAUGCCAAACAACUGCUACAGAAUCCUGUGGAGGUAUUGAAAUUCGUCCAGCGACGCCCACCUUUCUCCAAUACACCUGAACGCGAGCCAUGGGUGAAUGAAAUGAAUAGGGCUUGGAGGAAAGACGAUACAGAAGGUCUGCGAACCGAAUGGGCGGCAACACUGGGUAGUCUUGCGGAUCAUUAUAAGAUAAGUCAAGGUUCCAAGUCCGAUGAGAAGCAAGGUGAAGAGCCGAACCCGAGCUCGAAUCAGGACCAAAGCACGGCGAUGGAAGGAAUUAUCGACACUUCACAAUCUGAAUCUGUCACUGCAAUCGGAGCUUCACAAUUUCCUCUUGUGGCUGAUACAUCUUCAACUGCACCCGAAGAUUUGAUACCUGGUGCUUUUCCUACACCCACCGAACCGGUGGUUCCGACUGAGCUUGAGAAGAGCGCAAGCCUGACACCGCCACCACCUAUGUCCCGCGGGGCUUCAAACACAAGCAAGAAAGGUCCUACCUGGGCGACCAGACCACCGACACCUGAUAUCAAAACAAGACGGGGUAGGUCCCGGAGUCGAACGGGAAGUAUCGCCCCAGAAUUGCGUCAACGUCAACUUUCUGCUACUUCAACUACUAGGAGUUCAAAAUCACCUGCAAAAGAUGUUCCCGUUCGACAUUUUCCCCCUAAUCCUAGUCGAACGGCGAAAACCCCUGGAAGAAACUCGAUUCAAGUUGGAACGGUGAACCAGAGGAUAACGCAGUAUGAACAAACAGAGCACGAUGCUACUGCCGAUAAUAGGCUUAGGACUAGAGAAUCGGAAGAGAGAGAAAAUAGAUUAAGGGAAAUAGAUCACCUUCGACCGAAACGAAACCCACUACAGGAAAUUUCGGAAAUCACUCCUGCUUCUAGUUCUAGAGUAGCUGCAGCUCUGGAUUUAGCCUUUUCAGAGAGUGAAAAUCAUGAUCAUGGCGUUUUUGUUGGUAUGGAUGAUGAUACAUUAGGAGCUAGUCCAUUUGCCAAUUUGGGAAAGGGUGUACCUCAAGGACACAAAUCUAGACAAACCAUCGCAUCCGACUCGUUCCCUGGAAUGAAAAAAGAUCACAAUGGAGCUAAGGAUGGCAAUCAGAUGAUAGUCGAUUCGGACGAUACCUCAAAAGAGGAGGAGCAGGAGGAAGUAGAAGGAGGAGAAGAAGAGGAUAAGAAUUUCUUCUCAGCCUUUAGGGGACCGACCAGAUCUCGUCGACGUUCUCAGCCACCUGCCGGUCGUUCGUCGGAGGAAGAAGAAGAGCAAGUGGAAGAUCUGCCGCCAAAGAUUAGAUCUCCCAUCACCUAUAGUACGAAAGAUCGAAGGAAAACAGCUUUACAAAAUCAGAACUCGGUACCGACUAAACGAAAUCGAUCGACAUCCAAUAACGCCCUUGGCGGUAAUUUGCAUAAGAAGAAUAGAAAGGAUGAUGGUGGUCGAACCAGGGGUGUAGGAGUGGGGGAAGAAUCAGGACAGACGCCAGACCAGGCGAUUAAUAUUGAUUCUGAUUAA